AAAUUUAGAAAUACCACCAUUUCAUGAAAAUCGCCACAUGGGAAAGCAGUAUUCAUAUGAAAUGCUGGGUGAGGAGGCGGUUUUCGUUCCCGCCACAAAACCGCACGUAAAAAAUGAGGUUGCAUGGCUGACCUAACACAGAUCGCCUGCUCAACCAGCAGUUUUAGGUCAGAUUUAGGAACCGUCGCUAUCCCCGGUGGUUUUAAUUGCCAACACACAAACCACUUCCUUCCAGCGGUUUGUGUGUCGUCCCCAUCUCCCCCACAACCACUUCCUUGCCAACACACAAACCACUUCCUUCCAGCGGUUUUACUUGCAUGGAAGUCACAAGGAGAGUUGAUCGUAUGGUGUAUCGAUACCAAACAGACAAGGCGGGUCAUUAUGGCAUGAAGAAUUGCUCAUAACCACUUAGGAGGAAGUUGAUGCCAUGCUCGAAUUUUUGAAUGCCAAAAACAUUUUCAAAGCAGAGAUUUUUGCUUACACCGAGGCGGUCGAAGGCGGUGGAGGUCAUUCUGCAGAUAGCCAAAUAUCUUAUAUCCACGGUGGGGGUGCAUUAUAUAAAGAUCAUCCCUACCAAGGUUACCAUGAUCCUCAUUCCUACCAGGAGUACCAAGAAAGAGGGGUAGGUCAUCAUCAAUCAUUUCCAUCAUAUGAAGAAGAAGCCCAACGGUACCAUGACAACCAACAAGAAGGCUACCAGUACCAACCCGAGUACGACUUCCAUGUAUGCAGUGGUAGUUAUCACAAUUACCAUUACGGAGCUGAUAAAGAUGUCUUUCAUGAUCUGAAUCAGAUGGAAGAUGCCCUGUCAGGUCUAGUUAGUGACCCUGAGGAUGAAGAAGAGGAAGGCGAUAUCAUUCUAAACAACUUCGACCCUCUUGAACGUGCUAAUGAUUCAGGCCCAGAUUCAGACUCAGAUGAUGACGAGGUGUCUCGUGACCAUGUACCUAUCACGCACUAUAAUCACAUUCCAAAUGAAAAUUGGUAUGUUGAUGCCGACAUGAAGCCGCCAAAAGUGCCAAUAUGGGGUACACUCACUAGGUUUAUGAAGGGCCAACAAUUUGGUAUGAAUGAGGUGCGGCACGUUGUUAACACUGAAACAAUGGCUCGAAGUUUUGAAUGACACACAAGUCAUUCUGACAUGAGGAAACUCAUAGUUAGAUGCCAGAAUCAACACCAGGGAUGCAAGGCUAGGGUACAGACUACAAACCAUUAAGAGUAAGAGAGUCGGCCAUUGGGUCAUAUCCCGUGCGGUGAACACUCACACAUGUGUGUCAUCCAUAAUAUCCCAAGGCCAUCGACAGUUGAAAUCCAUGGUGGUUGUCUCGGCUAUCAAGCAUCUAAUUGAGUAACAGCCUAACUUGAAAGUGAAAGCCAUCAUCGCCGACAUUUCUAGUCGUUAUGGAUAUAUUAUUAACUAUAAGAAGGCGUGGCAUGGAAAACAGAAAUUCGUGGCCGCCGAGUUUGGCGAAUGGGAAGAAUCAUAUGUGUACCUUCCCAAAUUUUAUUUUGGCAUUGGAGGCAUCUAACCCUGUCACUCUUUUCUCCCACCGCUACCAACAUGAAGAAAUCCAGUCGUCGAGCUCGGUAACAACGACUUUUUGAUCAUUCAAGUCAUCUAUUGAUGGUUUUCCCUUUUGUGUUCCUGUGAUGCAAGUGGAUGGCACAUUCCUUACUGGCAAGUACAAGGGCACUCUUGAUAAAGCACCAGGGGGUGCUUUGUUUUUAAUCAGAAUACACAGACAAGAACACU